AUGGUGAGUUUUGGAACUGGCAAACAGACAGCACUGUUUUUUGAAGCUCUGUAUGAUAAGGAAACAAAGAUUGGGGGGUGCUGCAGUCUUAACGUCUUUUCUGUACGUGACAACAGAUUAUCUCGAAUUCCCUCUGAAAUGUCACAAGCCACUGAACUUCAUGUCCUGGAUGUUGCUGGAAACAGGCUGACGUAUCUUCCCCUCUCACUGACUACCUUAAAGCUGAAGGCUUUGUGGUUGUCUGAUAACCAGUCCCAACCUUUGCUGACGUUUCAGACUGACACAGACCCCGAAACAGGAGAAAAGAUUUUAACAUGUGUAUUACUUCCUCAAAUGCCUUCUGAGCCUGGUUGCCAAGAUAACCUACCACGAUGUGGUGCACUGGAGAGUUUGGUAAAUGAAAUGUCAGAUGAAACGUGGAAUGAGCGAGCGGUCAAUAGAGUCAGUGCAAUUCGCUUCUUAGAAGAUGAAAAAGAUGAAGAGGAUAAUGAAAUGAGAACACUUCUAAGGCGAGCCACUCCACACCCUGGAGAAUUAAAGAACAUGAAAAAGACAGUGGAGAAUUUACGGAAUGAUAUGAAUGCUGCUAAAGGACUGGAUUCAAACAAAAACGAGGUCAAUAAUGCCAUUGACAGAGUGACCACUUCUGUGUAGAGUUUCAUCUCCAGGUUUUACCUCCUGUGUCUUCCCCUGCUGUUGAAAUGUUCCUGUCGUCUUCUGGGACCUCACUGAGCCCCUUCUUGUUUUUAACCAGAACCUGAUUCAUCGUCUCCAUAUAUGUGAAAAGUGCUGCCCACUGGAAGAAAGUGCCUUAUUUCAUCCAGGCAGUGAACCAAUAAUUUCCAAAUCAAUAUUGUAAUUUUAAUAGUGCUAGGCUUUUUUAAGUAUAAUACACUACUGUAUGCAGAAUAAAAUAUUUUUGUCUUAAACACAGGGGAAAUAAUCCUUUUCUUUUCCAGAGUGCUGGGAUAUCUUUUUCCCAGUGGCUGGAUGUGCUGGUGAGAAAUAUAGUUUUGUGGAAAAUUGAUACACUUUUUUAUUUUUUUGGCAGCUCAGAUGGUGUAAAUUUUAAAUUUUUGUAUAGGACUUUCAUAACAAGAUGAUGUAUUUCAUUUUUAAGAGAAAAUUUAUUCUUGAGCGGUACAUAUUUUAGUAUUUGUGGAAGAGAACAAGUUUCCUGGACAAGUGUAUUCAUUUGUUUGUACCACCCAUUGUGCCUUAUUGCAUCCUGUAUGUCAUAUUAGUCUUAAAUAUAGCAAUUCUCGAGGAAAGUGAGUAGAUUUAAACUUGGUCUCCUGUUUUAGAUAUGUUUUUCUUUUCGGACAGUAAUUUGUUGGGAUUUUUACAGCAGAGAACUUAUGUUUAUAUCAUGGGAUUUUAGGUCAUGAAGCACAAGUGUUAGUUUUGUUGUAAACAGAAUUAAGAUUAAAAUGACCAAACUGCUAUUGUUUAUUACAUAAUGCACUCACACUUUAACUUAGUUGUAAUGAAACAUCUUGUUUUGGAUGCCGUGUUGCAUUGCAGUCACUAGAAAUUCAUGCUUCCAUUGUUCUUGGCUUUUGUUUUUUUUUUUAAAUGUGCCAUCUGUAAAAUAACUUGAAAAACAGCACGAUAGACUUUCAGAAGCACAGUGUGAAACUAGUUUUAUGUAUUACACAAGAAAGCAUGAUUCUUUAAAGUGCUUUGGUGGUUUUAUAGAAAUAUAUAAAACCAUAAUAAAAAAAUCUUUAAAAGCUUCA